UAUCGCUAUUCGAUACCUUUCAGCCGACACUUGACAGCCCUUGUUGUUAUUAGAUAAUAUUAUUAAUAUUAUUAUUACCUCGAGGAGAGCGCCGCCGAAGAUGAACCGAAUUUGCCAGAGCCUGUUGCGUCCGAGCUACCGGAUGGCCGCCGGAGCCGGAGCAAGUGCAUCCACCCCGGGCGUUCUGAGUCGCCUCUUUGCCGGCGAUGCGGCGACCGGCGCGGCGGUGGACAAGGCGACGCUGGACAAGCUGGUGCGCACCAACAAGGUGGUCGUCUUCAUGAAGGGCAAUCCCCAGGCGCCGCGCUGCGGCUUCAGCAAUGCGGUGGUGCAGAUCAUGCGGAUGCACGGCGUCCAGUACGAUGCCCACGAUGUCCUGCAGAACGAGUCGCUGCGGCAGGGGGUAAAGGACUACACCGACUGGCCAACCAUUCCGCAGGUCUUCAUCGAUGGCGAGUUCGUCGGCGGCUGCGACAUCCUGCUGCAGAUGCACCAGAGUGGCGACCUCAUCGAGGAGCUCAAGAAGGUGGGCAUCGAGUCCGAGCUGCUGAAGGCGGAGCAGGCUAAGCAGGAGGACGAGAAGAAGGACAAGUGAUGCCCCCCACAGAGCACCCAAAGAUCA